CUCUCUCUCUCUAUACUAUAUCAACACACACGCUUUCAGAAAAUCUCCCGUCAAAAGAAUCAGAGCCGAAGAAGGAGAAGCUAAAGCGAAGGAAGAAAUACAAGGAAUUCCAUUCCCUGGAAUUGGAGUUCUAGGUUCUGUUUCCACUAUCAUAUUGCAGAUUUUCGCCGAAAAGCCAGAAAACCAAAUCCUCGCCGGCGCAGUCAGAUUCCGGCAAUGUCAGAACGCGUCCAUCCCGCUGCCGAUUCCCCUCCCCCGCCCGGAACCAUCAACUCGUCGGAGAAUUCCUCGUUCCUGCCAAAACCCCAACCCCCGCCGGGAACUUACGUCAUUCAGGUCCCCAAAGACCAGAUAUACCGCAUCCCCCCGCCGGAAAACGCCCGACGGUACAAAAACGGCCGGAAAAUCCGCCGGAACCGCUGCUGCUGCUGCCUCUGCUGGCUCCUCGCCGUCGUCGCCAUCCUCCUCGUGGCCGUCGCUGCCGCCGUCGGCAUCUUCUACCUCGUCGUCCGGCCAAAAUCCCCCAAAUACUCCGUCGAAUCUCUCUCCGUCAGAGGCUUCAACCUCACUUCCUUUCAGACGAGUCUGACACUAUCGCCGGAGUUCGACGUUACCGUCAGAGCCGAGAAUCCCAACAAGAAGAUCGGGAUUUACUACGUGGACGGGAGCUCGGCCACCGUCUCUUAUGCUGACGUGGCGCUUUGUAACGGCGUCUUGCCGACGUUUUAUCAGGGGAGCAGGAACGUGACGGUCUUCCAAACGGCGUUAACGGGGGAGGUGAUCCGUUUGUCUGGUUCGCUUGCCGACUCGUUAACGGCGCAGCAGAGAAAGGGCGAGAUUCCGUUAGGGUUGGAUCUGAGGGUCCCCGUUAAGAUCAAGGUCGGCGCCGUUAAGACGUGGAAGAUUACCGUUAAGGUACGGUGCGAUUUGACGUUGGAUAAGCUAGCGGAGGGUUCGAAGAUCGUUUCCAGUAGUUGUAAAGUGAAGGUAAAUCUGUGACGGCCGUUUAAACGGGUGUUGGAUUCCGUUAUCCCUUUCAAAUUUUAUUUUAUUUUACAUUUUAUAUAUACAAAGGAAAGACAUUGUUAUUUAAGGGUGGGGAUUAAUUACACGUGUCGAAGGCCGCAUCGUUUACAUGUACCGUUCAAUCUUAAUGGACAGGCAUGAACAGGUCGUGGGCGGACGUGACUUAGCUACGGCGGAACCAACGAUGUGGGUGGGACCAUGACCGUGGGUCCCACCUUGGUAUAUGCGUUGUAUAUCUGCACCGUUCAUCCGUUUUCCCA